CGAUCGCGAUUGAUUCGAGACCGAGCGAAAGAACAAACCGGACCUCCGGGAGGAAGAACACAAGGGAUGAUCCGUUCCCACCACCCACGGUGGUUCCUCGGGAUUCCCCUGCUUUGGCUGCUCCCGCUUUCGUCGACAUCGUCGUCGUCGAACAAGAGAAACGAGGAUCUUUGCGGGAUGUACCUCGCUCCGAGCACGAUCCAGGGGGCCGGCAUGGGCGUCUUUGCGGGUCACAGGAACGUGAGGAGGGGCCAGUACCUGCUGGAGGACGACGGAGACCUGGUCGUCCCGGUGUACGAUAUGACCCGGCACGUCGGGCACGCCAAGUACCAUUUUCUGUGGGAAGAGUACACGUGGAGGGCGGCGGGUUUCGGCGGGAUGAGCGAGGAGGUGGACGAUGUCAAGAAGGUGAAGGCCUGCUCUCCCGGAAUGGGUGCGGCCAUCAAUUGCAUGCUGCCGCUGGUGAACGUGGUCGACGACUUCGACAACCGAAAAGUGGGCUUGUCCGGGAUCGAGGCCGUGCCGGGAAACAACGCCACGGCCUGGUCGCUGUCUUCUCCCGGGGCCGGUGCCUUCUCGCCCUACUACAAUCGGCGCUGGAAGGCGAAACGCUACAUCCCCGCCGGCAUGGAACUCUACGGGAACUACGGAGAGGGGUACUUCAAGUCCAGGUCUUCCAUCUACGGGAUGAUUCCGUUCCGCGAGAACUACAAACAUGCCGACAGGCUGCUGAGGACCUUCCAGCGCAUCACCCGAAAGGUGGCGACGGAGGAAGUGAAGAAAGACCUGCUGAUAUCCCUGCAAAGCAUGGCCGCGAUCUGGGACGAGUCCCGGAACAUGAACGCCAUUCCACAGACCGAUCCGAAAGGCGACCACGCGGUCGUUGAUUGGCUGCUCAAGAAAACGGGUGGCACGGGCAUGUUGCACUACAACUCGAGCAUCCGCGACCUGGACUGGCUGGACGAGCACGGGCGGUGCAUGGACAACAUCCGGGACGGGGUCAGCACCAUCCCACACGCCGGCCGGGGGGCCUUUGCCAGGAGAAAAAUACGGAAGGGCGCCAUCGUGGCACCGGCCCCCCUCAUCCAGAUCUCCGACCGGGACAUAUUCACCAUCUACGGCAAGAAACCCGAAGCGGAGGACAAGAAAGGAAAGGAGACCUACUGGCUGGCGACCGAUCACGACAACCCGAUCCACCACCAGCUCCUCCUGAACUAUUGUUUUGGCCACGGCGAAAGCACCCUCUUGCUGUGUCCCUACGGCCUGAUGACCUCGCACAUCAACCACGAUGCGGUGGCUCCCAACACCAGGGUCGCCUGGGCGGCCGACGAUCAGAUGGCCCACCCCGAAUGGAGGGAAAAACCCAUCAAGAAAUGGGCCAGACAGGACAAGGCCGGGCUUUCCUUCGAUUUCGUGGCGCUCCGCGACAUCGAACCGGGCGAAGAAAUCACCAUCGAUUACGGAGACGAAUGGGAAGAGGCCUGGCAACGCCACCUCCGAUCCUACUAUCGAGAGGAAGAAACGAACGGAUCGGAAAGCGAGAAUGUCCUCCGGCACCACCUCCCCGCCUUUGAGCUCAACAAAUUGGUGGACCUGAAGCUCCAGACCCUGGAGGAGGGGGACUACGAACUCCAGGGCCUGCACCUCUUUUGUAGAAAGCCGUACGUUGAGUGGUACGGUGCUUCCGCUACUGUGCCGGGGGAAGACGACGAUACCCUGCAGGUCAGGACCGAAUCUGGGGGAACCACAACGAUACAAUGGAACGAACACUACGACUGGGACGACGAAGUAGUCUUCCCCUGCCGGAUAAGACAGAGACACACUUCCAGCAACAACAACAACAGCAGCAGCAGCAGCAGCAGCAACAACAACGUUUCCUAUUCCUACUUUGUCGAAGUCUUCGAACGGUACAACCAAACGACGACCGGCGCGAGCAGCAGCACCGGGGAAGCGACAACACAAGACCUUGUCUGGGCCGUUCUGUUUGGGGUCCCCCGCGAUGCCUUUUACUUCGAGGACCAGAAGUACCGCCGCCACCACCAUCAAACUUGGUCGUUUCGACACGAAAUGAUGGUCCCCGGGGACGUCUUUCCGGAGGCUUGGAAAAACAAAAAGAAGAAAUCGACGAAACGAUAGGCCCCGGAAAACGCCCUUCGAAGGAAUCCCACCUUGCGUCGGCGCAGCCUUCAAGCCCCGGUGGUUUUCGUUUUGUUUGGCAGCGGGAUGCGACACGGCACUCUCUGGCGCAACACAACGCCGCUGCCACGGUGCGGGACUCUGAAAGGGGGCGGUCCCGCUCGGUUCUGUCUCGAGAAACGCUGCCGUAGCUCUGUUUCCCGGCAGCGGUGGGCAAUAGCACCACGGCAGCCCCGGAUUGCCGCACGGAUAGGCGACCGUGUCUGCCACUUGAAGACUUCUUCUUCUCUCGACGUUAUCAAAGAGCAUAUCCAUGAAAAUCGUCCUUUCUAUAUUGAAAGUAGCGCACAAUAUUAGCAAAAUAACAUUUGGGCUUGAGG